AUGGCAGGGAUCAUAGUUGAGACUCCGAGGCUGCAGCUAAUGCAGCUCAAUUCCAACGCGGAGGGCAGCGUGCACUUGGACUUGUUCCACAAUGUCUGGCGUGACAAACAGGCCACCCAGUGGAGUCCCCAUGGCCCGUGUGAAAACAAGAUAGCUAGCCAAGCUUGGAUGGCAGGUGUGAUACCUUCAACGACAGCAGAUCGAUCCGGCGAACGUGUUUGCUAUGCAGUACUUCUCCGGCAAAAUAGACCAGAAGUUAAAGGCCACGGUACCGUGGAUGAUGAUGGGUCAGAAAGUAUCGGCAUCCUCACACUGCUACCUUCAGAACUGAUCAAAGAGGGGUUGCUGGGCAGCCCAAAAAUCAACGACGCGAGCCGAGCUAUUGGCCUUGAGCUUGGAUAUUUGUUCCUACCGUCAGCAUGGGGCAAGGGCUUUGCAACGGAAAGCAUCAAAGCCUUGUUGGAACAUUACUUCAGUGAAAAGAGGAAGAGUAACCCUCAGGUGAUGAUACAAAUACAAGCAAACGUACACCACGACAAUGUUAGAAGCCUCAAGGUUCUUUAUAAGCUUGGUUUCAGUACUUUAGAGACAGUAGUAGGCGAAGAUGUAGUUUUUAUUGGAGGGGCGAGCCGGAAUAAGUCUGUGGUCAAGCUUUGGAAAGCUCUAUAG